CAUCGCGCCUCGCUAGCCGCGCAAAUACUGCCAAACAAAAAACUCCUUCCUACAUUCCACGACCUCAAUAUAUCUUCAAUCUCUAUCGCACUUCCUCAAGGACUUCCUUGGAUCACACGGAGCCCUGAUGGCUCUUAUGGAUGAUUUCGAAUCAUUACUGAAAGAGGUGGUACAAGCAAAGCGAUUAUCAGCAUCAAAAAUGAGUAGACUGACCGAAGUUGCGUUGAAGUUGAUGGAGGAGGAUACCCAGCUUGUUUCUAUUCUCUACCGUACCCACAAAACAUUGUCAUCGUCGGCCAAAAUAUCCAGUUUAUACGUCUUUGAUGCUCUCUCUCGUGCUGCAAAACAUCAAGCCAACAAACAAAAUCUCUCUGGCAAUAUAAACUCUCCCAAAGGCAACUCGGCUACAUUUUUGCUGAGAGUGGAGGGCAUCUUGGAGGGGCUUUUCCGAGAUGUCGUUACCUCUGGAAGUGUCGAACUCAAGGAAAAAGCGAAAAAGGUCCUUGAUAUAUGGGUCAAGGGCUGUACGUUUCCCUUGACGAUAUUGACCCGAUUAGGGAAUAUAAUGGAGGGCAAAGAAACGCAAGAGCCUUCCAACAAGCUGGUACUUGUUACCUCCGACCCACGAGUCGCAGCACAAGCUCCGAGUACCACGACACCAACCACAGCCACCCCAGCCACCCCAGCCCCUCCUGCGCAACAACCACUCCUCGCCAAUCCUCAAUCCACAUUAUUAGCACUGCUGGCACAAGCAGCAAAUGCAGGAGUCAAACAAAUAGGUGCAACGUCAACACCGCCUCCCCCAGCAUUGGAGCCACCCUUACCGCAACAGCUGGACACAUCUCAGUUGACCUUACUCCAACAGCUGGCUCAAACCGCAAAGUUGGGCGGUACUGCUUCGAAUCCGAUCCCCGUUUUCAAUCCUGUUCCACCCGUAGCAUCUGAUAUAGAUCAUGGAUCUGGGUUUUCUCGAGAUGAACCUCACGGAUCGCGAAUGAAAGACGCCCAGUAUGACCGAUACGAUAGUUCUGAUCGCAGAGAUUACAAUAGCCAUCACUAUGAUCAUGUUGGUAAUCCUAGAGGCGGCUUUAGAGGUGGUCGUGGUCGAGGCUUCCGAGACAGAGAUUCGCGUCCUCCUCUGCAAAGGACAAGUAGAGGAAGUCGCUCUAGAAGUCCACCAAGUAGAUAUGGAGCUCGGAGAGAUAUAAAGCCUUAUAGCCCUCCUAGGAGACCCUCAAUGAGCACCUUGUCAUCUCGAGACUCGCAGAGCGUGUUUGAAACUCAGUCGAAUGCCGGUCCCGAAACAGACGAGUUUGGGAGAGAGAUACGCCCGCCGCAGGUUGAAGGGAAUCAUUCUCCUGUAGCACAGGAGGUUCCGCGGGAGGAACCUCGAGGCUUAGUGGUUGAUCCGUAUCCUCCUGGACAACCAUCACAUGUAGAGCCUCCACUUCCGCAAAACACUAAAGCCCAUGGUGUCUCCACGACUUCUCGGUCUACCGACAUGGCCCUUGGCUUAGAACAUUUCAACCUAGCCACAUUUGACUUCACCUCGCCAGUUGCAUGGCAGUCGCUCGGAGGCAUGUGGCAGGUUACGCACGGCGUGCUACCUUCGACAGAGGAACUCAUGGAAUUCGUUAUGACCGCUGGGGCCGCUGGGGCCGCUGCAAUGGGUGCGCAGGCUAAUACCACGGGUCAGGAUUGGAAUCAAGACGAAUGGAAUAAUGACGGUUACACUUUCCCGUCUGAACCUCAGGGCAGAGCACAUGGGAGCGUCUCAAGGGGUGGCCAUUCGCUUCAGGAUAGAGGAAGUUAUACUUCAUAUGGCGUUGAAAACCAUAAUGAGGCAAACAGUAAUUUUCAGAGAUCGAACACCAGUUCCCGCGGUGGACUGGGUGGUCGAAUGCAACGGGUAGGCGACAAAUGGAUGUUCGUCAAGGAUCCUGAUAGUACUGCAGUGUCUUCAUGACAUUCUGCUUUGAUCUGGAUUAUUUUUAUAUCGAUUCAUCUUGCGCUGUAUCUCAUCGUGUUGUACUACUAGCCAGUAAAUCUACCCUCGGACUGAGACCGAGACCGACGUCCAUCGCCUGUAUUAAUUAUUUACCCUUCGUACUGAUUUGCAUCAAUACAUUCCAAC